GUUACACCUCGUGGCCCCAAUGCGACCCCGCACAAUAUCGUCGUGUCUGCAGAGCCUCCCAAUUCUCAGCCUUCCCGACCUAAACAGAGAAAAACAAUUAGUGAUUACGCGAAACGAAAGAAAGAUUACGCCAUUGCAUGGGUUAGCCUCUACCCUAGCAUGGAGAUGCGCUCCAGAGAGAUGCGGCUCUGCGAUGUGGGAGCAUUCAAAGCCCGUGCUUGCUGCGCAUUCAGCACGCAGUACUCCGCAGCUAAUUGACGCCACGCCUUAGCUUGAACCCUCUUGUAUCGUCCAGAUCUCAAGAUCUUGCUUCUUCUUAGCCAAUUACUCGCAUGGAACAUUACUCACGUGCCCUCUUCGCCAUAUCUAUUUAUCUUAAUCUCGUUCUAUGACGACUUCCCUCGAUCAGCUACCUUUUGACUUACUCUUCUGCAUCACCUUCGAUUUGGAUCUUGAGGAUAUCGUUCAUCUCAGCCAAACAUGUCGACACUUAAGAGCCGUACUAGACGAAAGGACAGUUGUCAGGCGUACUGUCGAGAUCAACUAUUCCCACACCGAGGAAGCGUCUUUAGCCCGAAAAGAGAAGAUUACCUACAAGCAAGCCUUUCAGGCUAUUUAUGACAGAAGACAAGCUUUGUCAACUGCGCACCCAUUUUCGGCUCGCGUUCUGGGCCAAGGAAACAACUUUUUGUACAAACAGGGCAUUAUAUGUGUUUUCGACGCUGGGAUGGUCCACGUCACGGAUCUCAAUUCGCGGACAGAAGCCAUCCGUCUCGAUCUCCAAUCUAUUAUUCGGCCUGUUUUGGAGUCGAAGUUCAGAGCAUUUGGUACUAUCAGUGUGCGCUUACUUCAUUAUGCUGAUGAGAUCCUCUCUGUGCAUGCUAUACCGAAGUACAAUUCGGAUGACAGCCAUAUAUUCGCCAUCAAUACAGUAGCGAACCUUCCGGACGGACAAAGGGUGAUCGAAUCGGUGCAACUAGCCGAAUGUUCUAAGCUUUUUGUUAGGCAUAAUAAACAUUAUCUAUAUUACGGCACACAUACUGGAAUAGGCGAUGACGGUCAUCACAAAUGGGAGAUUGAAGGCAUCUCACUCCAUGAAGACUUUCCGAUAACCGAGCGAGAAAGACCAGUACUGCUCGAUAAGUUUCACGGAUCUGAUAUUGGCUCCACGAUCGCGUUCGAAAUACACAAUGAUUACUUCUACGCUGUUUCCAACCAGGGCACCUUUGAGGUCGAGGAGAUCGAUUACACAUCCUUCUAUCAUGUGGUACGCUUCCCAUUAGACAGACCGGAUGAUGUUCAGAAGGAUGAGCGCCUCUUUCGUCGACAGCACAAGCAAGGACCAAUUCAUGACUCAUGGACCGAUCUUACACUACAGCUUGACGAGCGUACGAACGAGACGGUGAUUGUAGAGUCGCGUCGAGAAUGGGCGCAAGCAUCUUCUCGCCAGUCACGCACUUUCUACGUUACUAAGAUGGAUUUUCAAGAAGAGGACGAUACCGAGGAAUUAUCUGACGAACUACUUGGGCCUGAGGAUGAUCUCUUCCUCCCACUCAUAGACUCCUCCAACAGUCCCCACUGGAAACCCACGCCCAACCUCUACAGCUGGAGCCAACACCCUGAGUUCUCCCCAACAGACCCCUCACCCCGAUCCUUCACCCUCUCCCGAACAAAAUUUCGAGCCUACAGCUACCCAUGCACCUCCUUUGUCGACCUCGUAGAAGACGACCGCUGCUGUCCUAGCUCCUCUACAACACCGUGCCUCCGACUGCGAAUAGGGUCCCGCCGUGAACUAGGCCUCUCCUUCAAUACCACGAGCGGCAGCACCAGCGCCUGCAAAGGAAAAGCCCCCAUCGACGACACCAAACCCUACUUCCUAGACACCCAAACACGCUACCGCCAGUCGCCCAUCCGCAUGUGGCCCCCUGCCUCAUCGCGCUGUCCCUGCUCAGCCCGUCUGCACAACAUACUCAACCCACCCUUACCAACCACCAACUCAUCAUCAUCCUCCACACGAAGCGUAACCGGCAUCCUCGACUCCCAACGCCUAGUCUUCAUGAUCAAACCAGGCCGCUCCUACGGCUCCAGCGAAGACAACACGUCAGGCAGCAUUGUGGUCAUAGAUUUCACCGGUCCGCGCACGGCUACAGGACCGACACCCUCAGCAUCAGGUCCAUCGUCGCUGGUCCGAUGCGAUAGUAAAAUGGGGGAUGAGAAGGUGACGCAAGAUGCGUGUGGUGGUGACGCGUUAGUCUGGCAUUGGUCGGAUGAUUCAAAGGGGCGCUGCAGGGGAGGGACGUGUCAGUGAGUGGUUGGGGACGGGUUGCCGUGGCCUUUUACAAUAGGCAACGGGUAGCAAAUAAAAGACCAUGAGUGAACUGAGGGAGGGAGGGAGGGAGAAACGCAGUG